AUGAGUCCAAGUAAAACUUCAAAUGGUACAACCAAUGGUUCAACUAAUGGUUCAACCAAACCAAAAAAAUUAUUAAAAUUAUUUGCUUUUGAAAUGGGUACUCCUCAAUUACAAUGUACAAAUUGGAGUGAUCCAAAGAAUAAUUCAAAAACUUACAAUACUUUAGAUUAUUGGUUAAAUACUGCUAAACUUGUUGAAAAGGGGAAAUUUAAUGGUAUAUUUUUAGCUGAUGUUAUGGGUCCUUAUGAUGUUUAUAAUGGUCCAAGAAAUUUUGAAGCUGCUGCAAGAUCUGGUGCACAAUUCCCCACCAUUGAACCAUCAGCUUUAAUUGGUGCUAUGGCUACAGUCACAAAGGAUUUAGCUUUUGGUGUUACUUUUGCAACUUUAAGUGAACAACCAUAUCAUUUAGCAAGAAGAUUAGCUACUUUAGAUUUGUUAACUAAAGGACGUGUUGGUUGGAAUAUAGUUAGUUCUUAUUUGGAUUCAGCUGCAAGAAAUUUAUUGAAUGGUGAAGAUUUACCACCACAUCACGAAAGAUAUGACAGAGCUGAAGAAUAUACCCAAGUUAUUUAUAAAUUAUUCUUGAGUUCAUGGGCUGAUGAUGCAGUUGAACAGAGAAAUGGAGUUUACUCUAACCCAGAUAAGAUAAGAACUAUUGAUCAUGUAGGUAAAUGGUUUACUGUCCCAGGUCCAGCAGUAGCAGAACCAAAUAAAUAUCAAAGAUUACCAGUAUUAAUUCAAGCAGGUACUUCAAGUGCUGGUAAAUUAUUUGCAGCUCAACAUGCCGAAGUUGUAUUUAUUACACAAUUUUCACCAGAAAGAUUAGGUAAAGAAAUAAAAAAUAUCAAGCAAUUAGCAUGGGAAAAAUUUGGUAGACCAGAAGGCAGUAUAAAAUUUUUGCAAUUAAUUACUCCUAUAAUAGGUUCAACUCAAGAAGAAGCAGAAGCAAAAUAUAUAGAAAUUCAAAAAUAUGGAGAUAUUGAAGGUGCUCAAGCUUUGUUUUCUGGUUGGACUGGUAUAGAUAUAAGUCAAUAUGGUUAUGAUGAUGAUAUUACUGCAGUUGGUACUAAUGCAGUAAAGUCAUUUUUAGAAUUAUGGAAUAAGAAAUCACCAACUGAUUCAGAUAAUGUUAGAAAGACUAGAGCUCAUAUUGCAAAACAAAUUACUAUAGGUGGAUUGGGUCCAGUAUUCUAUGGUACCGCAGAAUCAGUAGCUGAUGAAAUUGAAAGAUGGGUUGAAAUAUCUGACGUUGACGGUUUCAAUAUUACUUAUGCUUUACAACCACAAACAUUUGAAGAAGUUGUUGAAUUCUUGGUUCCUGAAUUACAACGUAGAGGAUUAGUAUGGGAAGAUUAUCCAGAUUUAGGUAGACCUUUAACUUUUAGAGAACAAAUUUUUGGAGUUGAUAGAGAAGAUUCAAGUUUCUUAUUAGAUACUCAUCCUGCGCAUAAAUUAAGAUGGAGAGCUGGUGAAUCAAAAGAAGAAUUUGAAAGUAGAAUUAAUAAAAAAAGAGAAUUUGUUGAAGAAUGA